CUCCGCCUCCCAGCAGCAGCUGAUUGGUCAGCUGGAGGAAGUGAUCAGCAAACUGGAGCCACUGGACUCCGCCUGCAGCAGCCGCAGGAGCAGUAUUUCCUCACACGAGAGCUUCACGUUCUGGACUGCGGCAUCUACCGUGUCAUCAGCCGACGAGGCAGCCAAUCAGACGACGAUGCCAACUCCCUCGCCAACCAAUCGAUGCUCGAGGAGGAGCGGCUGAGGGAGUUCAGUUUCAACCGAGGAGGAAGCAGGUUGGAGAAUGG